UUUUUGCGUCAGCUUACGUUGCAAGUUGAAGUGCGGAUACCCUCCCAACAAACGCAAUGCCAAAACGCCUUGCCCCUUUCUGUCUCAUUGUUGACACUUUUGUGUUUGAUAUCGGAGCUAUUGCAGCAUGAGAAGUUCUUCCAAUAGAUCACCCGUCGGCAUGAUGCAGUGCUGGAAGCAAUUCCUGAUUUUCACGGUAUCGCUGAGGCUGACACAGUCGUUUUCCCCAGCGGGACAACCGUCUCACUUACGUCUACAUCAACAACCGAAACACAUCCAAAGAAUAUCGACUCCAUUAUCCUUAUCAUCAUCCGACAUCAUUAACAAUGACGACAGUGACGACAAUGACGACAGUGACAAGAUAAUGGAUGUGGUGAUCUGUGGAGCUGGUCCUUCUGGACUCUUGCUUGCCAAAGAAAUGGCUUCCAGAAACUUGAAGGUGGUCGUGGUGGACCCUGCGCUCGACAAACCCUGGCCCAACAAUUACGGGGUAUGGAUGGAUGAAGCCGACUAUUUUGGGUAUGCCCAUUGCUGUGAUAAGGUAUGGAAACAAGUGGGGAUCGUUUUUGACGAAGACACGCCCGAACUCGUCUUGACGCGACCUUAUGGACGGAUCGAUCGAAAGAAACUCAAAGGACAACUCGUGGACGAGUGUCGCGACAUGGGAGUGGAAUUUGCCGUUGCCAAAGCCACCAAUGUCGAACACUUUGACGAUCAACCGUCCGUAGUGACCACGUCCAGCCGUCCUGGCGGCAAUAACGACAACAACAACCAACAAAAGAAGAAACAAUGGAAGGCUCUUUUGGUGACGGAUGCCACUGGCUUUUCGCGGGAGUUUGUCAAACAUGACGUCGAAUUUGAUCCGGGAUAUCAGGUCACCUAUGGAGCCCGUUUCCGUGUCAAAGACUUAGGUCCUUAUAAGAUGGAACGAAUGGUAUUGAUGGAUUAUUGCGAACGACAUCUCUACGAGGACACGGAAUUGACAAAGUCCAACGUCCGCUUUCCGUCCUUUGUCUAUGCCAUGCCCUUGGCACCCGAUGAGAUCUUUUUGGAGGAAACUGUCCUGGUAUCGCGUCCAGGAGCAUCGUCUCGUGAUUUGCAGGCACGCCUUAAACUGCGAAUGAAGGCGCUAGGAAUUGAGCCUCUGGAAGUGCUCGAAGAUGAGCGUGCGGCCAUUCCCAUGGGCGGGAUGGAUCCCGUGGUACCACAAAGGACAUUAGGAUUUGGAGCAACCGCUUCGUUGGUUCAUCCCGCCAGUGGGUACAUGGUAGCCCGGGCCAUGGAAGUGGCGCCUCGUGUCGCACAAGCUGUCGCGACGGAGAUCCAAAGUCUUCGACAACGAAAUAAUAAUGAUGGAGAAGUCGCCGUCACAAACAAAGACGAAAUGGAUAAGAUUGCAAAGGCCGGAUGGGAUGCCGUGUGGCCUACAGAUGAACGCCGACAACGAGACUUUAUGCACUUUGGAUUCGAGUUAUUGUGCCGAUUGGAUCCACAAGAGCUACGAGAUUUCUUUACUGGUUUCUUCCGAUUGCCUAACGGGCUAUGGGAACACUUUUUAAGUUGGCGCUUGAGUGGUGUGGGCCAUAUCGUCAUGGGCAUCACCGUGUGGGCGACCUGUAUUCCAAAACGAUUCAUGCCGUCCAUGCUGAUCAACAGUCUGCCGUUCUUGGCCAACCGCCUGGCAGGUCCUUUUGUUAGUCGAGGAGAUUUUGCCAAAAUCGACACGGAUUCUGUUUAUAGUGAUGCAUGGAGUGGUAAUGCCACGGUUUGGGAGCCAGAAGCCUACUAUCCUUAUCUGGAGGAUCUAUCAAAGAAGGAUUUUGGCGUCGACAAGAAAGCCACAUCCGAGGAGCCCGCCGUAACGCAGGAACUUGAUCUUGUCAAAUAGGUUCUUUGCAUAUUUUAACAAACUAAUAAAGAACUUUGCUAUUG